GCAGGCGGCAGUUGUGUAGAUCGCUGAGAGACUACGAGGGUCCGGUUCAGCUUCAAUUCUGUCUCUAAUCUCUGCAACAGCGGCUCUUCCUGGGUCCCGCGGCUUUCCUGCUCACUCAGCUGCGGCAGGAGGCCCGGCGAAAAUCAGAGCCGCUUCCGCCCCAUCACCCACGAUGGAAACCCUCCAAGAAAAAGUAGCCCCGGACGCGUGUGCCUGAGGAUUCCGCACAAAAGAGGUGCCCAAAAUGAAGACCCUGGUGCGCCAUGGUCUGGCAGUGUGUUUAGCGCUCACCACCAUGUGCACCAGCUUGUUGCUCGUGUACAGCAGCCUAGGCGGCCAGAAGGAGCGGCCCCCGCAGCAGCAGCAGGCAGCGGCGACCGGCAGCCCCCCGCCGCACCCCGAGGCCCCCGCGGGACCGCGGCCACUGGACGGAUACCUUGGCGUGGCGGACCACAAGAAGGUCGAGGCCCGGCUACCGUCGCUCCACGGCAGGAAUUAUCUUCGCUUUUCAACCUUUGUUACAGUGCACCGAGGCUGCAAGACCCCCCUGAAAAUGCACUGCAGGGACUGCGCCCUGGUGACGAGCUCGGGGCAUCUGCUGCGUAGCCUGCGAGGCCCCCGGAUUGACCAGACCGAGUGCGUCAUCCGCAUGAACGACGCCCCUACGCGCGGCUACGGGCACGACGUGGGCAAUCGCACCAGCCUGAGGGUCAUCGCGCAUUCCAGCCUCCAGCGAAUCCUCCGCAACCGCCACGACCUGCUCAACGUCAGCCAGGGCACCGUGUUCAUCUUCUGGGGCCCCAGCAGCUACAUGCGGCGCGACGGCAAGGGCCAGGUCUACAACAACCUGCGGCUCCUGAGCCAGGUGCUGCCCCGGCUGAAGGCCUUCAUGAUCACGCGCCACAAGAUGCUGCAGUUUGACGAGCUCUUCAAGCGCGAGACCGGCAAAGACAGGAAGAUCUCCAACACUUGGCUCAGCACUGGCUGGUUCACAAUGACCAUUGCCCUGGAGCUCUGUGACAGGAUCCAUGUUUAUGGCAUGGUGCCCCCAGACUUCUGCAGGGAUCCCAAUCACCCUUCAGUACCUUAUCACUAUUACGAACCUUUUGGACCUGAUGAAUGUACGAUGUACCUCUCCCACGAGCGAGGACGGAAGGGGAGUCAUCACCGCUUUAUCACAGAGAAACGAGUCUUUAAGAACUGGGCACGGACAUUCAAUAUUCACUUUUUUCAACCAGACUGGAAACCAGAAUCACUUGCUAUAAGUCAUCCCGAGAAUAAACCUGUGUUCUGAGGAAUGUGUGUGGCCAGAUGGAAAUCCCAAGAACCCACUGUAUCAGACGUCAGGCCACUGAGCUUCCUGAAACACCAGACAUGAAAGAGGAACAGAAUUAGUCACCGGGGUAGCUUCAGUCCUCAAGAAGUACCAUGUACAGGUGCCUCUGAGGCGUGACUACACAGCAGUGCAGUUGGUUUGUAAGGGAAAAUUCCAGAAUGAAUACAUCCUAAUGAGUGUCGUCCCUUUCAAAAGGGGUUACCAUAGGGGCCGAACUCUCAUUUAAAUGAUGUUGCCAUGGCUAAAAACAUUUUGGAUCUCUUUAAGUAUUGCCUUCGAAACUGAGACAUUAGGAACUCAACAUUAGUUGUAUUCCUUUGUAGAAAUACCACGUCAAAAGUCAUUUUUCUAUCAACUUGUAUCCUAACCUGAACCUUUGUCAUUUGUUGGACUCUGUAUGUGUGAUUUGUAAAAAGCAGCCUGAAAGUAUGGACAUGAUUUCUGAAGAGUACAUCUUCACUGACUUUCAUAAGCAAAUGCCCAAUAUUUAUUUAUUGAGAGUUUUUUUAGUGUGUUCUCGGCCAGUAUUUUUAUAGAUUCUGAUU